UUAUAUAAAGUUAGAUACCUGUAUCUAAGAUUCUAAGUAACGUUCUUACUAAGGAAUUUACACUUAUAAUAAAUAUAAUUAAUUUCAUUUCAUUUCAUUGGCGGUUAUUUGCUCUUUGGCUUUAUCAUUUCACCUAGUCGAGGGAGAAAGAGAAAGAGAAGCACAAUGCCUCUCCAGCACCAGAUCAUCUCAAGCGCAGACGAGACGGCAGUCGAGUCCGUAUGUCAGAAGUACGGUCUGACGACGGCAGAGUUCAACGAGCUGCACAAGCGAUGUGUUGCCGCCAAGUCGACGGCCUAUUGUCCGUACAGCCAGUUCCGAGUCGGCUCGGCUAUUAUCUCUGUCGACGGAGUAUACUUCAACGGGGCAAACGUCGAGAAUGCGUCGUACCCGGUCGGCACAUGCGCCGAGCGCGUGGCUUUCGGCAAGGCGGUGACUGAGGGACAUCGGAGGAUUAAGGCCGUGGCUGUAGCCACUGACAUAUCUCCCCCGGCAAGUCCGUGUGGCAUGUGUCGCCAGUUCAUCCGGGAAUUCUGCGACCUCACAUCCCCGGUUAUCAUGUUCGACAAGGACGACAAUUUUACCGUGUUCCGUCUAGAAGAGUUACUGCCUUUGUCUUUUGGACCUGAAGCACUUCCACCACCUGGAUCACGGACUGUCUAGAGAAUUAUAUUGGAGGGGAUCGGCAUGUCGAAAUUAUUUUAUAAGUCUGGGGUUUCUGUGUUUGGUGUGGGCGUCUCAGAUGCAGCUUAAUAGUUAUGUUCUUAUUCAGUUCAGUUGUUGAAGGUCCGCAUGUUUUCAAGGAUUAUCUCGAUGAUGUAAACUGAGCUGGAUGGCUAGGUGCGGGGAUCUGCAGCAGCGAAAAGAUGCAUUAUAGAUCCAAUAGAUAUCAAGGUUAGUGUAAGUUCUAUCACGUAUCUCUGUAGUGUUAUAUUACGGAUAGAAUAUAGCGCUUUAGCUUUACCUGGACAGUCGAGUGCAACAGCCGAG